AAUCCUUACUGGCCAGACAAUAAAUUAAAUUCCUCUUCUUCUGAAAAACCGACCGUUUGCACCAGGUCUGUGUGUGACACACAACCGCGCACCAAGCGAGCGAGCAAAGCGCACCACCGGCAACAGCGCACAGCGAUAGCCAGCCACACACAACCCCCGUCACUUGCUUGCUUGCUUGCUUGCCACUGCGUGUCACUGGUGCGUGUGUGCGUGUGCAUGUUGAUGCGCGCGAGCCUGUGUUUAUUCAUCAGCAGCCACCACCACCAGCACUGCUGGGAGAGUGUGGCCAUCCACCAGCACACACACACACACACACACACGACAAGCGUCUGCUGAUACCAACAGUGAGGGAGUGGCAAGCAACCACCAACCCAGCGUCAGGCAGCAUCGAGGAGGAUAGACGAGUCAUUGAACGUCCCCACCCCACCCCUCAAACACAACACAGCACACACACGCACAAAACUACGCAGCCCUUUCUUGGCCAUGGCAUCAGAGCUGCAGUUGGAUGAGUUUGCCUUUCAGGGCAAGUCGCAGCAGGUGUCCCCAGCAACUGGCAGUGCAGCCGAAGCUGCCACCUCAGACUCGCCUGCCACCGAGAGCAUCGAGCACACGCAGCCCGAUGCGGACACUGGCAACGGUUACGAUGAGAGUGAGAACGAUGACAGCAGCCGACAGCGACGCAUGAGCGACACAUCGUACAAUGCAGAGGAGGACGAGGAAGAUGAUGAUGACGACGAUGGGGACAAUGAUGAUGGCAGCGGCGCAUAUCACGACAGCAACGAGUCCACCAGUGACAGUGGCUCUGAUGAGCCGGCAUCUCUACGAGGGAACAAAGCCCGCAAGUCGCGGUUCGCGCGCGACACGGUGGUGGAGGAGGCAAUUGCAAAUCCAGAGCUGUUUGGGCUGCGGCGGUCUGGGCGCGAGCGGCGACAGCGGCGCGACAGAUUGGAGGAGAUGUACAAGCAAGAGGAGGCUGCACGACAGGCUGCACGCAGCACACGCCGCAAGACAACAGCAAAAGGGCGCAAGACGCGCGGUGCUGGUGGUGGUGGCAGAAGAAGAAAAGCAAGAUCCCAGUGGACCAGCAGCGACGAUGAUGAUAAUGACGACGACGACGACGAGGAUGAUGAUGAUGAUGACAGCGACGAGAGUGACUCCUCGGGCGAUUGGGGGGCGCGCAACAGGCGUGGUGGUGGCGGCGGCCGCGGACGGCAGGCCUCUGAAUCCGACGAGAGCGAGGAGAGCGACGGAUGGGUGCCGGGCAACGCCAGACCCAAACGAAGCAAGCGCACCACGCGCCGUCGCACCAAGCGGCGCGGCCGUGGCGGCGACAGUGACGAUGACGACGAUGACGACGACUACAGUGCGCACAUCCCGCAGCGCAUCAGCUUCCGCAACACGGGCCGGAGCGUGAACUACCGCGAGUCGGAUACAGACGAGGGCCUGGACGAGGAGGAGCGCCUCGCCAUUCGCGCCGCGCAGCAGACCGAGGACACGCGCGAGCGUAUCAACCUGAUAGUCGUUCACAAACAGAGGAAGGACGUCGUGCAAGAGAUGCGCCACUUGCUCUCGCUCGAAGAAAUCAUUGCUGGCGAGAAAGAAGCUCCGCCGGGCAAGACGCUGGAGGAGAUUCAAGAGGACAUUGAUUCGUCGCUGGUGUCCGUCCUUGGGAAAUCAGAAGAAGACGCAGCACAGCUUGAGCAGGGUGGCGACGGCGAUGAUAUGCUGUACUGCAUCAACUGGGUUGGCCGCUCCCACAUCCACAACACCUGGCACACCGCCGGGGAGCUGCGGUCGAUGGACAUCGCCGGGGUGAAGAAGUUGGACAACUACCGGCGCGACGUGCGACUGCGAGAAGAGUCACUCAACGAUCCAAAGACAACAACAGAGGACCGCGAAUACUUCAACUGCCAGCUUGAGAUGCACUACGAGGCGCUGGCGAAACACAAAGUUGUGGAGCGAAUUGUGCUCAACCGAACCCUGGGCCACGGGCAGACGUGGGACGACGACGAUGACGUGGAGUACCUGUGCAAGUGGUUUGGUCUCGACUAUGACUGCAACACAUGGGAGUCUGCAAACCUCAUCUGCCCACGGUUUCAAUCGCUCGUUGACGAGUACCUGGAGCGACAGAACUCGAGCACGCUGCCCACCACCACGACACGACGCAAGCGCGAACCGUUUCGUAUGAUCCGCCAACAGCCGUCCUGGCUCCCAGACCCAGACCUCUCCCUCAGAGACUACCAGCUGCAAGGCGUGAGCUGGCUGGCGCGGUCGUGGUGCGACGGCAAUUCCGUCAUCCUCGCUGAUGAAAUGGGCCUCGGAAAGACAAUCCAGAGCAUCGUGUUUCUGUCCUACCUCUUCAAUGUGCAACGCGUGUACGGCCCGUUUCUGAUUGUCGUGCCGCUGUCAACCAUCAUGGCGUGGUCGCGAGAGCUGCACAAGUGGGCGCCUGCCAUGAACACGAUUGUGUAUGUCGGCAACAAGGCGUCACGCGAGGCGAUACGCGACCACGAGUUCUACAACGACCGCGGCAAAAUCAAGUUCAACGUGCUUUUGACGACAUACGAGAAGGUGAACACCAACCUGGACGACCUGCAGCAGAUUCGCUGGGCAGCACUGGUGGUGGACGAGGCGCACCGGCUCAAGAACCACGAGUCCAUGCUCCACCAGGCUCUCAGCGACCUGCGACACGACUUUCGCCUCCUCGUCACGGGCACCCCGCUCCAGAACUCGAUGAAGGAGCUGUGGGCGCUUUUGCAUUUCAUCAUGCCCAGGACGUUUGCGUCAUGGGAGGAGUUUGAGGAGCGAUAUGGCGGGCUGGGUGACGACGCGGCCGCAAACCACAAGAUGCUGCAGACCCUGCACGAGGACAUCAAGCCCUACCUCAUUCGCAGAGUCAAGAAGGACGUCGAAAAGUCCCUGCCAAAGAAGGUUGAGAAGAUCCUGCGUGUGGGGCUAAGCCAGUCGCAGAAGCAAAUCUACAAGCACAUCAUUACCAAGAACUACACGGCCCUGCGCAGUCUGAAGAAGGGCCAGAAGUCCAGUCUUGUGAACGUCAUCAUGGAGCUCAAGAAGUGCUGCAAUCAUGCCUCCCUCAUCGACCAGGCCCCCCUCUCAAACCCAGACGUCUCCCCAACAGAGAACAUGCGGAACCUGUUGAAAGGGAGCGGAAAGUUGAUCCUGCUGGACAAACUCCUGCAGCGGCUGCACGACAAGGGCCACCGCGUGCUCAUCUUCUCCCAGAUGGUGCUGAUGCUCGAUGUGCUGGCGACAUAUCUCAUGAUGAAAGGGUACCCGUUCCAGCGACUGGACGGCAACAUCCCCAACGAGCGGAGGAAACAGGCGAUUGAUCACUUCAACGCCCCUGGCUCGGCCGAUUUUUGCUUCAUUCUCUCCACACGCGCUGGCGGGCUUGGUGUCAAUCUCGCCACCGCAGACACUGUCAUCAUCUUCGAUUCAGACUGGAAUCCGCAAAAUGACCUUCAGGCCCAAGCGCGCGCGCACCGCAUUGGCCAGACAAGACAGGUGAACAUCUACCGGUUUGUGUCGAAGAACACGGUCGAAGAAGACAUUCUCGAGCGCGCGAAGAAGAAGAUGGUCCUCGAUCACCUCGUGAUCCAGCGGAUGGACACGACGGGGAGCAGCGUGCUGAAUCUGCAGAAGAAGAAGUCGGGUGGGGUCGAGUACAACAAGGAGGAGCUCGACGCAAUCAUCAAGUUUGGCGCCGCAGACCUGUUUGGCGAACAGGAGAGCAGCAGCAGCGGCGGCGGCGGCGGUGGUGAUUCAGGUGACCAGGACCUCAAGCUUGAUCUCGACACGGUGCUUGAGCAAGCAGAGACACACGACACGCAGGAGGCGGCAACAGGGAUGAGCGAUGAGCUGCUGUCGGCGUUCAAGACAGUGGACAUUGAGACGAACGAGGAAGAGCUUGACGAGGUGGCGCGGAAGGAAGCCGAGGAGCGGGCGAAGCAGGAGGAGGCAGAGAAGGCCAAAGCCAAGGCGCUGGCAGACGAGAUUGCAGCCAAGGAGAGCCAGGCCGUCAAGUCGUGGGAUGAGAUUUUGCCGGAGGACGUGAGGAAGCAAGCGGCCCUGGAGGAGCAGGUGGAGAAGAUGAAGCAGCUGUAUCUUCCUCCGCGCAAACGCAAACAGCCGGUGCUGUACGGGCAGGACGAUGACGACGAUGAUGAUGAUGCAGGUCCGUCCUCAGCUGGGCGGGCGCGGUCGAAACCGCUCAAGGAGCUUGAGGAAGCAAAGGUGGGCACGUUUACAGCGGAGGAGGUGCGCAAUCUCGUCAUUGCCGUGCGAAAGUUUGGCGACUACGAGAACAAGGCGGAGACGAUAACGGCGGAAGCGAACAUGAAGGACCGCGACGCGUCUGAGAUCAAGCGACUCCUGGACUGGCUCUUUACCAAGUGCUCAGAGCGCCGACAAGCGAUGGCGAAGGAGACGGAUGCGGCGAAGAAGAAGGACCUGCGGCGCCUCUCUCUGGGCAAACAGCCCAUCAACACGGAGGAGUAUCUCUUCAGGAUUGAAGGUCUUACACUUCUCCACAAGCUCAUUCAGAACGCAAAGGGGCCAUUUCGUGUCCACACCAAGGUGAAAAUGCCCAAGUGGGACUGCGAGUGGAAGCCGACCGACGAUGCGAAUUUGCUGGUGGGUGUUGACAAGUAUGGUCUGGGCGCCUGGGACAAAGUCAAGGCUGAUACCAGCCUCAAGCUCGGCUCCCUCAUUCUUCAGGAGAAGGGCAAGAAGCCGCAAGAGAAUCAUCUGAAGAACCGCGUCGAAACGCUUCUCAAGGAACUCAUCAAGACAAAACUCAGGAAACCUCUGCAGCUCACCUCAGCGGGCAAGAAGCGUUCGUCAACCAACGCCACGCCCGGGAAGAAAUCGAAGCAGACGUCUGUCAAGUCCUUUGUUGAGCGAAUUCCGAAGAAGAAGGCUGCGGCGAGUGCCGGCAGCGACGAUGAAUUCCAAAAGAAGCAGAUCACCCCAAAGCUUGUCACGAAAUGGAUGCAACCUGUUGCCGCGCACAUCAAGACGUUGGCGGAUGAGGGCGCAGAGUUUGAGGACAAGAGCGGGCACCUCUGA